AUGGACGACGUUCUCGUACUUAAGGAUUAUAAAACUAUUCCUGAUAUAGUUCAUGAAUAUGCUCCAUCGCUAAAAUUCGGUCAUAUACCAUUAGUUAUUGACAAUGGUUCAUAUCAGUGUAGGGUGGGUUGGUCAAUAUACGAGGAGCCGUAUUUAAUAUUUAAAAACCUGAUAGCCAGACCUCGUAAAGACCGCUGCAAAAAGGACGCUGAUCCUCCGGUGACACCACCUAUACAAAUUGGAAAUGACAUCAUCAAUAUAGAAGCUGUAAGGUUUCAGUUGAAAACACAGUUUGAUAAGAAUAUAGUCACCCACUUCGAAGUUCAAGAGCAAGUCUGUGAUUAUAUAUUUUCGCACCUCGGUAUUGACAGUGAGGGCCAUGUUCCACAUCCCAUAGUUAUGACAGAAGCAUUUGUAACUCCUAAUUACAGCCGACAGUUGAUGUCAGAAUUGCUUUUUGAGGCUUAUGGUGUACCAGCAGUGAGUUAUGGAGUGGAUUCUCUGUUUAGUUUCUACAGAAAUGGUAUUGGAGACACAGCAUUGAUUGUUAACUGUGGCUAUCAUACUAUUCAUUUUAUACCUGUGUUAAAAGGAAAAGUGAUUGCUGAGCGUGCCAGAAGAAUUAACUUAGGUGGAAGUGAAAUUAUAUCAUAUAUGCACAAACUCCUGCAACUUAAGUACCCCGUUCAUGUAAAUGCCAUAACAAUGUCAAGGAUCGAAGAGAUUCUUCAUGAACACUGUUCAAUAGCUUUGGAUUAUCAGGAGGAAAUAAGGAAAUGGGCAAAUCCAGAUUACUAUGAAGCUAAUGUUAAAAGAGUCCAACUGCCAUUUGUACAGUCAUCAAGUUCAUCGACCUUAACAGCUGAGCAACAAAAAGAAAGAAAAAAGGAAAUGGCGCGUCGCUUGCUUGAAAUAAAUGCUAGAAAAAGGGAAGAACGUCUUUUAGAAGAUGAAGAACAGUUGAACCAGCUCUUGGCUCUGCAGGAAUCAAUUGAAGAUGGUGAAACUGAUGAGUUUAAUGAAGCUAUCAAAGCUUUUGAUAUAAAGAAUUAUGGUGAUCUGCAGAGACAAAUAGCAAAUUUGAAUGUGAGAAUUGAGAAGAACAAACAACGUAUAGCUGCAGCGGCGAAUGCUGAGGAAGUGGUAGAGACACGACCGACUGGCCGGUACCAACCACCCAAUGAACCUGAAGCAUUCCAAGUGUGGCUAGAAGAAACUAGAGCUAAAUAUCGUGAGGUGUCAGCCCGUCGUGAGGCUCGCAGGGCGCGUCGAGCGGCCAUGGCGAAAAGACGAACAGCCGCCGCCGCUGAACGUAUGAGAGCUAUCUCUAGACUAGCGGCCGCGGGUGACGACUUCGGAUAUAGGGAUUCAGAUUGGGACGUAUAUAAAAGUAUAAGCCGCGAAGCUGACUCCGAUUCAGAGGCGGACGGUGAAAGAUUGGUGGAAUUGGAGGAAGCGCUGAGGGAAUACGAACCAGCGCAACCUUCACAAUACCAUCACCAACUACAUCUUGCUAUAGAACCCAUCAGAGCGCCAGAGUUGAUGUUCCAACCGUCAAUGAUGGGAAACUUAGAGGCUGGAUUGGCUGAAACAAUGGAAUAUGUAUUCAAACAUUUCAGUGAAGAAGAUCAGCUUCUAUUAGCUAACAACGUGUUCCUCACUGGGGGAUGUUCACAAUUCCCAGGCUUAAAAGAAAGACUGGAAAGAGAACUCUUAGAAAUGCGACCGUUCCAAUCAAGUCACAAAGUGGUGAUGGCUAAAAAUCCAAAUCUCGACGCCUGGUAUGGCGCAAGGGACUUCGCUGGUAGCAACGAUUUCGAAAACUGGUGUAUAUCAAAGGAAGAAUAUUAUGAAAUGGGUGGCGAAUACUUGAAAGAGCACCACGCGAGUAACAGAUAUUAUAAGAGUCCAGCCCCUCUUAUUGAUAACACCUUGACACCGGCGGGAGACGCUAACGUCGUCAAAGAAGAAAUUGUUGUAGACUGUUAA